AAUUAAGUUUAGUCGUGAUUAGGACUCUGAUGGUUUGGUCGAAGGCCGAGCACACGGCGAGCCCCGCCUUCUCGGGACACCAAUCAAAACUCGUGAUGGGUUGGUCGCUCAAGGUGCUGUUUUGUAGCAAGUUCAGCUCCCCUGCAACCCCAUAUUCCAGUCCAUCGGCGUCUUUUUCCACUCUCCGAGUCGGAUAAUUACUAGAAGAUGAGUCAGUUUGCGUUUUGCACAUUAUCACACUUACUAUUUCCACAAACACAGCGAUCCUGUGCCCCCCGUGGUCAUGAAAAUCUCCCGGUUUUGGGGGAGGUGUCUCGCACACCAAACGGUCGAACUGUGGGCCUUUUCGACCACUUGCGCGAACCCCCUCGUGGGGUGCUGCGUGCGCACGUCGAAACAGAAGAUUUUCGACUCGAGGGUUGUGGCGACUAGCUUGUUCAUGGGGAUGUCUUUGCGGUCGAAUUGCAGGGAGACAAUCCCGUUUUUGAGACAUUUCGACCACUUUACUGCCAUGCUACGAAGGUCGUAGACUUUCAAAUCGCCGUUGUCGUAGCCAGCGGCUACGACGCGUUCCUCGUUGUUGUAGGAGUUGCCAAAGGCUACGCUCCAGCAAUCGCGGCCUUGGGAGCCCCCGCAGAACUUGGCCACGGGGGUGUCUUUCUGCCGGACGUCCCACACCAUAACCGCCCCUAAACAAACUUCUAAUUCGUUUGAUUACAAACCGUGAAAUUACCGUCUUUUGAACCGGUGACGAUUUCAGGGGCCCCACACCCGCUGACAGCCCCCGCGACGCCGUCAAUGGCGUUGAUGACCCCGCGGUGCUUCUCCGAUUUGUAAAUCGGGACUAGAUUCUCUUCCAAAUCCCUACGAAAAAUCAAAGUUUGGCCUAAACUUUUGGGGGCUUACCAGACUUGGAGUCGCCCACUGAAGUCCCCAGUCGCAAGGUGGCGGUCUCGUAGACUCGAAGCGUGGAAAGUGCCACAUUUGAAGUGGUCUUUUUUCCCGAAUUCUGACACUUUUUCGAUUCCUUCACCACUAAUUGAGUAAGUUUCGAUGAUUCCAGCCCCAUUUGAUUUGCCUCCAAUUGAGACGAAUUUCGCCGAACAGGGGAUCCACUUAACGUCGUGGAUGGUGUAGUUUAGGGCUUUUUGGACGUGGCAGAUGAUUUGGGGCCUUUGCAAAGACUCCAUCGUGUUUUUUGAUUGAUCAAACAAUUGUUGUCAUAGCAGUUGUAUUUUAGGGGUUGUGGGGGAAAAAUAAUUGUCAACUUGUCCACAAAUAGUGGCUUUUGGUAGUUUAUUUAACAAUAAUGCGUUUUACACAGAAUUGAUCAAAAUUUUUGAAUUUGUCGCCUGUCAAGUGUCAAAAAUUGAGGUUAUGUCAAAAUAAGCAGUCUUUCGAAGAAGAAGUAGGGCCCUUUCAGAACAGUUUGUUUUUAAGGAUUUUGCCCUGUUUUCAAAGUAUUAAAAAUUUUUUGGUCGGUAUAAGCGGAAUCUUCUACUAACUUUUUGUAAUUCGAAAGUUUUGAAAUAGAUGGCAAAAUAAUGCUAACUUAUUGUAGUGGAGAAAAAAAAACAGUAAAUAGCUAAUAGGAACCAAGUACUCUCUUUACUACCAACUAGUACUACAAAUUUUCUGAUAUUUUAUUAUUUUCUUAAGUUUUAGGGCUCUGAGUUUUAAUCGCCCGCAGCGCCACGGAAUUUUUAACAAACUAUUUCAAGGCCAUAUGUUUAAAUCUCUAAUUAAAAAAAAAAACAAGUGUUUUGAAAGGGUCCAACUUGCAGUAAACUAACACGCACUUAAAUACAAUUUUACUAGAUUAAAACAAUUUAAUAAUUUUUUUUUUAAAUAAAUAAAUUUUAAAUUUGUCAAGUGUCAAAAAUUGAGGUUAUGUUUGCGUUCAUUUUGAUAAAACCAAUUAUUUUUAAUAACAAUUCGUUGAUUAUGUAAGCGCAGCACCCAUGUGAUGUUAGUCCCCGUGAAAGUGUUAUUUUUCGCCAAAUCGAGAGAAAUCGUGGGCAAAAAAUCCUCCAAUUUGGCCCUCCCGUCCCCCAUUUCGUACAAAACCCUCUUAGAAACGCUCAUAACCACAUAUUUGUUGCACGACAUCGCCCAAAACAUCAUCCUCUCCCUCAACGAAGAAUUCUGCAACGUGGAAAGUACCGAAAUCGUGUUAAAACCCGGCGACGAACUCGCAGUGAUCCCCCCUUUGAGCGGCGGUUAA